AUGUCCAAAGUGAAGACAUACGGAGAGAAGCAAGUACCCCGGAAUCCCCGCCGCCAGAAGGUGCAGCCAACUCCUUUCGCGCUCACGUUGCAAAGUGAAUGCGGCAACUUCUCUAAUGAAGCAGACGCUUCGAGACCCCGCUUCGCUCUCCGGCUCAGCGGCUCUCCCUCUCCGCCCGGUAGCGAGGGGCAGCGCAGACCGAGCCCCCGCCCCGCUGCCGUGCGUCCCGCGGGCGCGCGCCCGGCCCCGGCUCCUGCCCCUGCCCCACUGCGGGGCUCGGGCCCGCCUCCCGGCGCAGGCCGCCUCGCUGUCCCGGCGGCUCCCUGGCGCCCCCUGGCCAACUCCGGCGCCGAGUUUCCGAUGAGCCACCAGCCAGCCAGUUAUGACGACUCCGACGUGCCCAGACGGCGGCCGUCUCCUCCUCCUCCUCCGCAGCCCCGGCUCCCCCGGCUCCAGGUGGGACUCGCUCGGCGAUCCGCGGAGCCCUCACCCGCCGCCCUCCCGCGGCCGCCGUGCUGCGCGCCGCGCCUCUCAGAGCACCAGCGCGCCUUCCCCCCACCCGAAUGCAGCCUCUCCGCGGACUCCGCCCGGCGCCUUCGCCGCCUGCGAACCCUGAAGGCGGGCGCUCUCAGCCUUCACGCAGACCCUGCCCUACCCCGGCGGCGGCGGCAGGGCUCCCGGGAGCCCACCGGCCACGCGAGGGAAGUAUGCCCUUCUUCCCCGCCCGCGCCCGUGGGUCGGGGUCUGGAGCCAGGCGAAGCCGCUUCCGCGGGCCCCUCAGCACCUGCCGGGGGGCUGUCCGGGUGGAGCAGGGGGCCGAUUCUGGUGGCGGGCGACGUGCGGGAUCCUCCUCCUCCCGGGAGGGUGGCGGGGUGGGUGCGGGGUGCGGAGCGCGGAGUGGGUGCGGAGCGCGGAGUGGGUCCGGAGCGCGGCGGGGUGGCUGCGGAAGCGCGCCCGCCGCCGAUCCCGCCGCCGAUCCCGCCGCCGCACUGCUUCCCUUUCUCGCUCACAGCUGGUGGACCUCCCCUGGGCAUCUCAGGCAGCCGCCGAGCCCUCUCCGACCCCCUUGCCUCUACCCACCGUGGGACCUGUGGCCCCAGUGGGGGCCGAGCCAUUUAG